CAAAUGAAACUCAACUACAAAAAUGUAAUGAUAUUUAUUCUCACAGCUGCCAGCAAACUCACAUGCACCAUGAGUCAUUCCAGAUGUGAAUAAAAACAAAGUCUGUCUGUAAAAGUAAGUUUCCUGAUCCCGAGGAGACUUGGGUUGGGAGAGAAGCUGCACACUGAAUUCAGCUGCACUCAGACAGGUUCUCCUUCAAAGGGGAAGGGGGCAGGGGGGCAGGAGGAAAAGCCAUUUAUUUAUUCCUGAAGAGAAGGAAGGUAGGAAAGAAAGAAAAUAAUAUAUAGCUAGACAUACAUAUUUCAAAGAAAAGGAUGCUUUGGAAGACUUUGCUGCUGCUGCUGUUCUAUUAUAGUGCUCAUGCCACUGUAAACUACAAAUGGAGUAGAGCCAUGCUUUACCCAGCUGCUCAACGGCUGAAGAGGUCCUCAGCUGCCUUCCUUAAUCCAGUGCUACAAAACUCCCUGGAAGAUGUGGUUCUGCUUUAUGAGUUUCUUUUAGCUGAGCUUGACAUUGACAAAGGUCAGAGGAUCUCCAUCAAAGAUGAGGAGCUGGCUUCGCUGAGGAAGGCUGCUGAGUUUGACACCAUCUGCAAUGAGGUUAUUCCCAAGAGCAUCACAGAGAUCCGCAGGCUGAGUAGCAGGCUGUCCUCUUAUCCAAGAGUCCUCAAGAAAGAAGACUUUGAAAGGACAGUGCUGACCAUGGUCUACACAGCCUACAGGGCUGCACAGUCCCAGGGACACCAGAAGGACACUUGGGCAGAAUCCUUUGUCAAUCUUUACAAAGCGCUGAAGCACGACUUGAUGUUUCCAUACAACAAACAGUCAUCAUAGAAGUAGACUCACAACAGCAGCUACUCAGCCACUUCUGGUUGAUAAGGGGCACACAUAGCAUGUCCACCGCUUCGUUUUAUGAAAGGUUUAACAGCCUGCUUCAUGAGAGAUUAUUUGUUUUCUAGCUCCCUCUUGUGGAAUUCACUUUAUAGAUACAUGUUAGACGGGGAAAAAACUUGCCUUCAAACUCUCCAGUUGUUUUUUUUGUUGUUGUUGUUGUUCUGUUUUGUGAUAGCUUUGAGGCAUUUUCUGUAAAAGAAAAAUAAGAAAGUCUGAUGUAUAUCCCAGAAAGAUAUGCCCUAAUUUCAUCUGUGUGUUUCUUAUAAACAAUAUGCACAUGUGCUGGAAAAUGCUGCUUUCUUCACGGAGGAAAUAACUUCAUAUUUCAGCAGCUCAGUAAAAGAAUGCUAAAAAGAGAUGCAAAGGCCCUCUGUAAAAGGAAGAGGUUUCAUAACUGUCAGCCUCCAGAAAUUAUGGCAAACAUAUGCAUUCCAAAUAUCCCUGUAAAUAAGCACUGUCUGACUCACUUCAUUUGGCUGAGCCAGUUUUUAAUCACAAUAACAUUUGCAGAAGACAAAGGACAUUGUGACUACCAGCAGCAAACGGUGCCUGUAAACAUAUUUCCCAGUCCCCAGAACCACCCUCUUCAGUGUCUUUCAUUAUUUGCACAUGACUUUGCUUCUGCUCCUUUAUUUCUGAGUUGAACAUGGAUUUAUCCUCUGUGGAGUAAAAAGGCAAAACAAAAGCUCUAUUUAAUUUAAUGAUGACAAUUUAUUUUCUGAUUCUAUCACUUGAACUUAGAUCAUCUAAACCAGUGCGUCAGAAUCUCUCUGAGGCAGGGGAAGAAGGUGGAUUAAAACAUACAUGGUGCUGAAUUCAUAAGUGUGGCUCAUUUCUGAUUGUAAAUUAUACUGUUCACCUGUGUAUAUGUGUGUGUGUUUGUGUGACUGUGUGUGUGUGUACAUGGAAGAAUCCUAUAUUAUUCACUCAGGAAAUAAUUAUAUCCAAGCAUCUGGAAGGAAAGGUUGUUCUUCAGCUCAAUGGUGGGAAUACUGAAUGUGGAAGCAGAGGAAAAGCGGUACUCGUUUAUUGCAAAGCCUGUUUGUAGAAGUAGUGCAACAGAUUACUAUAAACUGUUAAAGAAAAAUUGUGGAGGAUGUAGUUUUAAUGGACAGAGAAAGGACAUACUCUUCAAACUUUGUCCACAGGUUAUUUAGAUGCUGUUUCUUUAUCUCACUCUUCCACAGUGUAUGAAAGAGAUGAGCAUGUAUCAUCCUUUUAUACCAGCACUCUCUCUUUCUCCAUAUACACAGUUUCUCAAGGAGAUGAGUCCAAAUCAAAAAAAGCUGAGACUGUAAAGGAUGGUUGAGGAUACCAAACCAAUUUCUGAGGCAUGAUUAAUUGUUUAUAUAUCACAGAUGUGAUGUACUUCCACACAUCGGCUGUGGGUGCCCCAUCCCUGGAGGUUUUCAAGCCAGGCUGGAUAGGGCCCUGGGCAGCCCAAUGUAGUGGAAGGUGUCCCUGACCACAGCAGGGGUGUUGGAACUGGAUGGGGUUAUGGUUCCUUCUAAUCCAAACUGUUCUGUGAUUCUACGAUUGUAUAAUGUUGGGCAAAUGGAACAAUAAAAUCUGUGUCUCUUAACAGGAAUACUCCAAGGGCUGGAGAAGAAAAAGCCCAUCCAAAGCCAUCUGGUUGCAGGAAAAAGAAAUACUGUGAUCAGUCAGAGCACACUGGGUUUGGCAGUCGCUUGUGGGAAUAUGGACUCACAGCAGCCUUAGGGAGCAGGUUGGAAAUGGCAAGAACAGCUGAACAAAGGGCAUACAAAAGUCAGAAUCAAUCCUUAGCAGUUUGAUUAUGAGCAUGCAUGAGUGUACACACUUGCAGGUAUAUACACGUGUAUUUUCACUUUUGCACGUGAAGGCUUUUGUUGCUCAGUUUUGACAUCUGAUAGGCAUACAUCAAAGGAAGCUGAAAACCUUAGCUACAGAGCUAUGUAGCUAUAGAGCUACAGAGCUCUAUGUACAAAUACCUCCAUUUUGGCACUCGCAUACACGGAUCAGUGCCCUCAAAGAAGCCUUGCACUACAGUUCACAAACCUUUCAAAGCCUCCAGCAUAAAUAUACUUGAUGUUGGUGCUUUCUUCCCUCUUCAUGCUUUAGAAAGAGAGGGAGCACAUUUCUGACUUCACAGCUUGGCUGCUUCUUGUCUCCCUAAAGCACCACUUGCUUGUAGAGCCAGGAACAGAGGCCAUUCAUAAAUCCUUUACAGACAGUGACUCCAAAUCUGCAAAGAUAACAGGAAAGAGCACUCAGAAAAUCUUAAUUACUGGCAGUCAUCCUCCAGAGAAAUAUUUCCCAGCCACCCCACAACAGAACUGUCUGGCAGACAGGCUUUAAUCAUCAGUAAGUAUCACAGGUCCUUCAGAAAGGAAUUGCAUAUAGUUUUGAUUACACAGUCAUUCCCGAUAGCAUACAUACUUCACAGGUUGAUAGAUGAAACCUUUAUCUCUGUAGCACAAAAUAAAGUCUCUCUGAAUUUGUUUCACCCCUUUCAUUACUGCCGGAAAAGAAAUUUAUUUCUCAGGAAUGUGCUUGGACUGCCUGAUUUAUUUAAGAGAAAACAAUUACUGUAAUAAUAAAAUAUUCUACGUAAAACUAA